AUGGAUCUGGCUUUUCUUUUGGAUUCGUCAAGCUCUGUGGGAAGAAUUGACUACCAGAAGCAAAUAGACUUUGUUGGUCUUGUAUCUCGCAUGAUUGAUGUGUCUUAUUUUGGGAGCCACAUUGGUGUAGUAUCUUAUAGUUCUCAGGCUCGUUUGGAUAUUCCCUUUUCAGAAAGUAACAAUUCUCAUGACCUGCUAUUCAUAAUGAAAGAUCUUAAAUUUCUGGGAGGUUCUGCAAGGAUUGGCCAUGCUCUUGAUCUGGCUUUUAAUGAACUCUUUACUGUCAGUUCUGGAUCAAGACUCGGUGUCCCUAAGGUCGUUGUAGUUUUUUCUUAUGGACAUGAACCAAAUACCACGGACUUUGAAUCUUUAAGCACUUCUGUUGAACCUUACAAAGCAGAGGGUAUUUCAGUUAUUGCAGUGGGCAUUGGGCCUAAUGCUGGUUUGCAGCGAUUGCGUGUACUAGUAGAGAACGAUAAGCUGGUCUUAGCAGCCUAUUCUUUCAAAGAACUCAGUGACCUGGCGGUUCCUAUCACAUCAUUGGCGUGUAGAGUUGCAGGUAAACAAGCAGUGAAUUUCUAAAUACAACCAGGAUCAUUGCUAUUAAUAAUUGCAAAGUCUUACCUCAGUGCUGUUGCGAAACUAAAGUACGUAUAUAUUUAACCCUCUUGUUAUUUUUACUUCUUAUCAGGUUUUAGCUUCUAAAAAUAAGUAGCUAGCCGCUUGUCGCCUAAUCAAAUUGAUGUUUUUGUUUCUCCGCUACUAUUAACAAUUUUGCAUGUUCACUAAAAAAAAACUGUAAGACAAAUCUAUGCUUUUCAAUUUUUUGACACAAAUAUUUGUGGUUAUAAGAAGCGCUUCGUCUAACUAUAAAAUUGUCGUGAGUUCCAAAAUCAUAAAAUCAAUCAAAUGACGCCAAAUGAAAAAUCUUGGCAUUAGAAUUCAUCUUUUGCUAUACUUUAGUUAAAGUUAUAUUAUGAAUAAGGCAAAACGCGGGCUGUAAUAGAGUAUUUACAUGUUAACUAUUUCGGGAGCUAUGGCUUCCCCUCUCAUCAAAAAUCAUCGUUUUCAAUUCGAUCAAGAAGGAUAGGCGAAGAAUUGAGUUAUGAAUGUGCUACCUCCAAAUUAGGUAAUUACAAAAAUGCCCACGAGACACGUAAAAAUAACCGCUUAAAACAGUAAAGGAAGGUUAAAAUAACACAACAGAUGCAACAGAUGCCACAGAUGGGCCCAACUGAAGAAGAUUCAAUUGGAUUGAAAUUAGGCUUUUUGAAAACUGUUCAGCCUAACAGUUUUUCAAAGUUGAUCUCGGCUGUUUGCAACUUCAAAAAUAAUGCUGAGGAGACAUAUUUGUUUGUCUCGAAUCUCUGCUUGUGUCAUUUACAUGUAAUUUCAUUGCUUACUUUAAGUUCCAUAGCGAGUAACUGGCAAAAUUAAACAAAAUGAACUGGACUGCCGUGACACAGCCCCUUUAAUUAACUCUUAUUACUUCCUUGGUCAAAGUUAGUGGUGUGGAUCAAUUUAUACGCGAAAGAGUAGCUGUUGUGGUAGGAAUCUAAUGAUUUGUACCUGAACAUUGCUAAUCGAUGGGCAAAAUUCAUGCUCAAUAACAACAAAAGUAGAGUAAACAAUCCACAAAAAGACGGAAAAUUUCAUCCAGCAGAACAAAUUUUUUAGCAAGUCUAGGAAAGAAGAUUUGUACACGCCAUAGCUUGCCCUCCCAUAGGAUAAAACACUCAUACCCCUAGCGGUAACAUUUGAAACAGACCUCAGACUUGAGGUCGAAUUAUGAAGAAAAAGAGCAAAGCCCGCUUUAAACAAACGCUCAGGGUGCUAAUUCGGGUAUUUUCUUUAAUUGCAACAGCUAACGAAGCUCCACGUCGAUUCGUACGCGCCUUUCGUACUUAACAACCACCUACCUGUUUCUUCAACUCUCAAUAAGGCGUUUACCUCUUGUUAAUUAAACAAUAAUCUUUAGUUGCGCCUUUUUUUGUGAUCAAUUUUUACUGGAGUAGUGAUCCUUACGAAUUCUUAGUUCUAAAAACCCUUUCAGUACUAUUCUUCCAAGAAGAAUGUUACUGCCCAUAGUGUGAAAGUUAGACUGAUAAUCCAUUUUUUUACAGAUGGUCUUGCUCUAGGUUAAUAAUGUAUUGUUCUAUUUCAUAGAACCUAAAAAGGUCAUUCAUCCCAUGGAUGUACUCUUCCUAAUUGACACGUCUGAAGGCGUCAGCGACCUUGACUUCCAGAGAGAAAAGAAUUUCAUUAAGACCGUUGUUCGAAGUUUCAAGAUAUCUUCAGACCAUAGCCGUGUAGGCUUAAUGUCAUACAGCAAUAAAACUGAAAUCACUGUCAAUUUUUCCGACGAACAGUCACAUGAUAGCCUUCUAGAACGUGUCGAAUCUCUUCCAUUUCUUGGAGGACAACGUCAGUUUAACAAUGCCCUCGAAACGGCAGCCGCGCAGUUUUUUUCUCCCUCUGGAUCUUCCCGAUCUGUUGUGCAGAAAGCCGCUGUUAUAAUUACAAACUGUGACCAGGUUUCCACCAAGGGUACAGACCAUUUGGAGGAGUCUUCUCUCUUGCAAGAAAAUGAUGUUAAGGUCCUCAUUAUAGCUGUUGGUUGUGAUGGUGCUGAUCAGGAGAACAAUUUGCAGAAGCUUGUUCAGGAUGGAGAACAAAUAUUUACCCCAGAUUCCUUUGAGAAUUUGGCGGCAGCGGCCAAAAGAUUGACUGUCGUAGCAGCAGAUAUUGCAGGUAGCUUAUAUAUGGACAGUGAACUUUCUAUGAGCCGGGUGUCCUAAAAACCAGGGAAGAACGAACAAAAUUCGGUUACACCUAGUCAGCAUUGAAUGCCCGCUCAACGUGGAUGUGUGCUCUGAGAGAGUUAAUUGUGAACCCUUUUAGUGUAAAAGCCUCUCUUUAUGCCUCCUCCAUAGUAUAGACGCCUUUGUUUUAUGUAUUCUGUGUUGGUUCCCAAAAGACCAUGCAAUCCCAUCUAAAUAGGUUUUUUCUUUUUAUUUACCAUCCAUCAACUGAAAGGCUUUUGGGUUGAUUGUUUGCAAAACGAAACUAUGAAAUCUAAUUGACGAACGAAUUUAAUGUGCAGGUAGUUAGGGUUAAAAUUCACAAACAUGCUCUUUAAUAACCUGGUGUGACUAUGCUCAUUGAAGUUAAUUCAGUCUUUAUUUUUUUUAUUUCCUAGGAGAGAUUUUUAGUGGACAUCGUUGCUCAGUAAUCUAUUUUUAAAUUUUGUUUCUCUGCUGUUUCAGCUCCAGAUGAAUGCACUAAAUCCGCCGAUGUCGCCUUUAUAUUGGAUUCCUCAGAUAGCGUCGGUAUGGAAGAUUAUCAGUUACAAAAAGAUUUUGUCAAAGCUAUCGCUGAAAGUUUUGGCAUACGCCCCACGGGAAGCCGUGUAGGAGUCAUUAUUGCGAGCAAAGAUGCAGCUGUAAAUAUCAAAUUAAGUGACCACUUACAUGUCGAGGAUUUGAAGGAGUCAGUUGAUAAGCUUCCUUACAUAGGAGGAACAGCAAGGAUCGAUAAAGCUUUAAACCUGGCCACAUCUAAAUUGUUCGUAUCUCAAGGCGGGGCUAGGCCUGGACUGUCAAAGAUAUUGAUCAUAGUGACCACCGGAAAACAAAAUGCAACACGGAACGGCGAACUGAUCGGUGUCGUUGCUCAGAAACUCCUUCGUAUGGGAGUAACGGUGUACGUCAUUGUGGUCGGUAAAGAGGUAGACGAUAAGGUGCUUGGUUCUUUGGUCACCGAAGAAGAGAAUUUGUUUCUUGAGGAUUCAUUUAAAAGCCUAAUGUUGAAAACACGGCAACUUGCGAAGAUGGCAUGUGAUAACGCAGGUUAGUUUCUACGUUUUUUAUCUUUGCCUUGUAGUCUUCAUUAAAAGGGCGAUCCGCCUACAAAACCUCAGCGCGGGUCUUCAUGAGUUGCCUAUUGCUAUUGCUUUUUCUCUUGUCGUUUCUUUGUUUUUAAGGAUUUUCUAGAUGCAUCAAUCCAGUUGACGUCGCUUUCCUAGUGGACUCCUCUGGUAGCCUCGAAGAAGAAGGUUUCAAUAAGCAAAAGGAAUUUAUAAAAGCAGUAGCAGCGACUCUGGACAUAUCUCCUUUUCACAGCCAGAUUGGUGUAAUAACCUACAGCGACAGAGCCUCAGUGGAGAUAAAACUGUCAGAUCAUCAACACCAAGAAGACUUGAUCAACGCUGUCGAAUCAAUGAAAUACAUUGGUAGAACCACCCGGAUUGACAAAGCAGUUGCCAUUGCAACUAAAGAGCUCAUGACUCCAGGAGCUGGGAGAAGAGAAGACAUUCCUGGCGUCUUGGUAAUUCUGACAGACGGAAGACAAACACCUGACUCAGACACCACACCCUUAGACGAGUCUUCUUCAAGUUUGGAAAAGUUAGGUGUUAAGACAAUAGUGGUUGGAAUUGGUGAACUGGCAGAUGAGAAAGGUCUCCAGAAGCUGGCAGGCCGAAAUAAAGACGUUUUUCACGCUCCUUCUGUGGAACUGUUACCAAAUGUUGCGCAAUCAGUGGCUACAAGUAUAUGCGAAGAAGCAGGUAUUUACAGAAUAGAUUUUAUGAUAAAGAAUCAUAAAAAUUAGAACACUAUAAAAAAUCAUGUGUUUGAGAAGGCUGCUAUCCUAGGGGGUUAGUGGGGCAACUUUAUAUUUUGAACUCUUAUUACGGAUUUUCUGGUUUCUUGCAUAUCCACCUAGGUUUUUUUUUAAGGAGGUACUUUUUUGAUUACGAUAUCACCCUUUAUCCUAAAUGUCGUUAUUUAUAGCGAAAGACCAAACCAGGGGGAACACUAGGAUUGAGUGGCAUCGCAUCCAGAGGAUGGGAAAACUAAUCGCAGUUUGUCGCAACGCAAUUUUGCAAUUUUUGAAACAGAGAACAUGUCAGAGCCCGCGGAGCAGUGUUGAAAGUGGGGUUGUGGGGGGGGGGGGGGGGUGUGGCGAGGAACAGGGGUUUUGGGGGUCCGAUUCUCGAGAGGGGAGAAAAUAUUGUCGCUUUUUGCAAACACAUUUUUUAAAUUUUUUAAAAGGGGAGAAUGGGGGGGGCCCGGGGGAGUUUUUGUGAGUGGGGUGUUGGGGGGGGGGGGUGGCGAUCCACCUCUUUUGAAGUGCAGUUGGACGGAAGGGGUUGUGGACUUUAAAAAUGGUUUACCUUGUGCCGACUCAAUAUUUUUUAAUACAGUUACAACUCAUCAAGCAUUUUUUAAUAGUUUAACAAACGAAAAAGGAGUUAGUAACAAACAAAGUGCAACCAUGCACAGCAGCACCAUAAUUUGCCCGUGUUUCAUUUACUUCAAAAGUUUGUCCGUUCUCUCCUUGCGGGUAUCUAGAAGCUUUCUUUAAUCAUUGUUGAACGGAGCCAUGUUUUUAACCUUCGAGCUGCAGAAAAGGACCUUUUCCUGCUGUGAUGGUUGCAGGAUUUACCAGCAGAAGCUUUCAGAUCGAGACAAUUUCAUUUAUCAUGCUCUGCUGAAUGUAAUUCCUGAAAAUUCUUCAUGCUGUCUACAGUGUCAUCGAGUUCAAUUUGUUUUAAGAAAUCGUGGCUACGUGAAGAUUUAAGAAGCUUGAUAAAAAAAAUCCAUUGUUUUUGCAUACACUACAUCACCUGGCUGUUGAAAACGCAGAAGUCUACGACAUACGAUUGAGGAUCGAAAUGGACCAAUCAUAAAUUUGAAUGCUUCGGCGAGGUCCACCAGUCUUAUAUUCUUAUUCCAUCAAAGAUUCCUUUUAUUUGAAAUGUGUUUCUUAAUUUUUUUUUUCAAAAAUUUGGGGGGGUGGGCGUGGCCCCUCCAGCGCCCCUCCCCCUAUGCGCGGGCCUUGCACGUUGUAUAUAACUUCUGCCUCAAACCUCUAGCACGGUCUCAUUUUAUUGAAUUUAACACUGUGACCACUGCAACUCACUCUGUUCCCUUGAUAGCACCGCAAUCCUGUGAUGUUUCACUAGACGUUGCCAUUUUAGUGGAAUCAUCCGCGAACGUUCCACCGAAUGAAUUCCAGAACAUGAAGGACUUUAUCAAGGACAUAGUGAAAUAUCUCUUGGCCUUUGAAGGCGAACAACAGGUUUCAAUCAUCUUGUAUGGCAGCCAGGCAACAACACGAGUUGCGUUUGGCCAAUACCACUCCGAGUUUGAUUUUAAAAAAAUAAUUGACAGUCUUCCGCUCCAGAAAGGACUAGCGAGACUUGACAAUGCCCUUCAAUUCGUCUUUUCCCAAGUCUUUACAGCUAAAGGAGGUGACUAUAUGAUUGCAUUAGUGUAAUAUAACACCUUAAGAAGGUUUCUUGUGUGUUGAUGACAUUUGCAAUUGAAUCGUUAGUUACCUUAGAAUUUCUCAAUAUUAAGGGUUCCUUUUUAAAGAAGAGAGUCCUGUGGCUUAGCUGAUUCCCAUGUCUUAUGGCCAAACGUUUCUCAAAGCAGGACGAAUUCAAUCUCUCCAUUGCUACCUUCGGAAGGAAUCCUCAUAUCCUAUUACGAACCAUGAGACAUUAAGUCGCGCUUUCACAAAACACAUUCACUUUGUUAGCCCUUUGCUAAUUUUCUUUAUUAUCUAACCGUUUGGAAUACGGAGCAAAAUACAAGAAAAACACGAAAUGUGAACAUAGAGCAGAGGAUUACAGCAGAGAGUGCAAGAAAGUAGACACCUAAACCCCUUGGCAAACUUAACAUUAGAACAAAAUCACUUAACAAAAUGAAAAGAGGGAGACUCGCCUAACCGCUAAGGGAGAGAGGCUUAACACCUAGGUUACAGCCAGAUAUUCAGGAAAUAAAUGAUAUACUUUCGUUCUUAUUCCAUUAAUUUGUCGGUAUGAAUAGAACAUUUCACCGUGUUUUCAUGUACAUAUUUGUUACCCUGUUAUGUUUUCAGGAGCGCGACCUGGAGUCCAGAAGGUUUGUAUAGUCCUGACAAAUGAGCAACGACCUGGCAAGAAAUACUCUGAUGAUGUUAAGACUGCCGUAGAACCGCUUCAUCAAGCAGGGGUACGGGUCAUAGCAAUUGGGGUUACGUCGCUAGCGGACUGGAGGCAGUUACGCGUCCUCACCAGGGACCCUAAAGAUGUAAUCAGGUCACGUUCCUGUGAUAGUCUUGUGGCCAAAGUCAGUCACCUUUUCCGGCGGACCUGUUAUAAAGCAGGUAAGCAUCUGAUCCGUAAUAGACUGCACAGGAUACUAACUGAUUGCAGAUAAGCCAUCAUUACUACAAACGCAAUGGACAACAUUUGUUUGGUUAAAUCGUCUACUAAUGAGAAAGAUAUAUUGUUCAUUGUGAACAUAUCAGAGGACUUAUCAUAAUAGUUUUAACUUAAUUUUGGAGCUUAGAAAUAUAAAUAUACCUUUUUAAUAUUUAAAAAAGUUAAUGUAGUUUGUUAACUCACAAAGCCCUUAAGGGCCUUUUUAAGACUGAUUUUGAAUUUUGAACUGCUGGGUAAAACUAGAGUGUCCCCACAAAAGAUCUGGCCUCAGUUGUUCAAAGGCUGAGUAGCGCUAACCACCGGAUAAAUCUCUAUCCAGUGGUAGUACAAUUAGCGGUAUCCAACGUUUCAACAACAGGGUCCAGGGUUUUAGCGCGGGUAUUAAUAAUGAAGGUAACCUUUUCACGGCUUAAAGUGAAUAAUGGAGUCUUGUAGUUGGUUCUAACUUUAACGACCGAGGAAAACACCUUAGCAUGAAUCCAUUCAAAUAAAAAGUCUUUGACAACACUUUCUUAUGGUACUAAGAUUGUACUAUGGUUGUUUUGCUUUUUAAAAACUGAUACAUUUUUUUUUCUUUUCUUUAAGCCUACAGACAAUGUGAUGGCAUAGGAGACGUGAUUUUUGCGGUCCAUUCUCCUGAUAGCCUAAGUCCUCUUAACUACCGAAAAGAAAAGGAAUUCGUCAAACGGGUUGCAACAACGCUGAACAUUGCACCUGGUAAAAGCCGGGUGGGAUUAAUUCUGUACAGUAAUUUUGCCACAGUUAGCGCCGAACUUGGAGAUAAAUCUACCCUGGAAUUGUUUAAUAAUCUCGUUGACGGCCUACCGCAAAAAAGUGGAAAGACACGAAUUGACAGGGCUUUGAAACUUGCGUUUUCGCUCUUCCACACUACUGGUGCUAUACGACGGGCUGUUCCAAAAAUUUUGAUCUUAUUAGCAAGUGAAAAACAGACGUUAGUUCCAGAAGUAUCGAAUCUCAAAGACGCAGCACAUCCGCUUCAUAAAGCUAAUAUUAGGAUACUAGCCGUAGGAAUGGGCCAAGGGUUUGAAGAAACUGAUCUACGCACCGUUACUCGUACUGCUAAGGAUGUUUUCCUGGCACCGGCAUUUGAAGAUCUCUUCAGUCUAAGCGGCUCUAUUUCGAAAAUCACUUGUGAGGCAGCAAGUAAGUUGUUGAAAAUUCUCAAAAUAUACUUUAUAGAAAAAUUGUGUUACCUUAAGUGGUUCAAAUACGAGACGAAAAAAUUUUCGUCUUGUUCUAGCACAAAAUAAAGAGCCUCAGUUUUCUUUUUGGUACAUCAUCAAGGAGUAACCCCUGCUAUACGUGUCCAUAUUACAUGCCUGACAGCGAUCUGACAAGUAUACAUAUACCCAGUUUGUACAUGACUAUGCAUUCUUUGAUUUUCAGAACCUCCCAUUUGCUCUGAGCCAAUAGAUGUCGCUUUCCUAGUGGAUUCGUCAGGCAGUAUCGGCGCAGCUGACUUUGAAAUGCAAAAAGCUUUCAUUAAAGCGGCAGCCGGUACGUUAGCAAUCGAAAAGGGUAUAGCUCAUGCAGGAUCAGUAGUCUACAGUGAUAUAGCAACCGUUCAGCAGUCUUUUGACCAAUGCAACGGAACCAAGUCCGUCAUGCAAGCUAUAGAUCGCUUGCCUUACUAUGGACGAACCACACGAAUAGAUCGAGCUUUAUCGCUGGCGAACACGGCCAUGUUUAGUGCCGCGGGAGGAUGCAGAUCUCACGCGGCGAAGGCACUUCUGUUGUUAACGGAUGGAACGCAGACGCCCGCGCUUGACUCUAUCGCUUUGGAGCAGGUGGUUAAACCACUUAAAGGUAAAAAGGUGGCAAGACUGGCCUUGGGUAUUGGAAAAAAAGUGAGCGCUUCAGAGCUACGCAGGGUGGUAGAUAAAGAUGACGACGUCAUGACGGUUGACAGCUUUGACGACCUACUCUCUUCUUUACAUCUAGUAUCGAAGAAAAUUUGUUCAAGCGCAAGUGAGUAAUUAACCGUUUGCUCAAACCCUUCGAAAAAGAUAGCCAAAGCAAAAGUCCGAAAAAGAAUAAAAAAUAUUGUUUGUGUAUAAGUUGUGGGUGACGAUAUGAACACCUGGUAGCUAGAAAAACUUUUGUAGCAAGAGAGACAUCACCUUUUGUGCCGUCUUUUGUCAAGACGCAAGAGAGUUUUAAAAUAAUGUUGUUUUAUUAUCAGUAGUCAAAAAUGUAACCCUAAAAACAAAUUAAACCCUUAUUGGGAGACUUACUCUUUCUCAGAAUAAAAUAAUUUUUUAUUGUAAAACUGUUCGUAUAUGAGUGAGCGCCUUAGCGUAAUCUCAGCAAAUAAAAAUGUAUGACCCUUUUAUCUCAAGUACUAGUGCCGUGUAACUUAUGAUAGAUUUAUUUUGGUAGAGAUAAAGAAGUGCCCAACACCUGUGGAUAUCGCUUUUCUUCUGGAUUCUUCGGGAAGCAUAGGAGAACGGAGCUACGAAACGAUGAAGGACUUUGUGAAAAAAGUUGCCGACGCCUUCGUUAUUGGACCGAGUACAACUUGUGCAGGUGUAAUAAUCUUCGGUUCGAGCGCAACCACCGCCGUUCGCUUUGCUGAUGCCACGAACAAUACCGUUUUCAAUGCAGCCGUUGACGCCUUACCGUACAUGCGAGGUGAGACACGUAUUGACAAGGCUCUUCAGCUGGCGUCUGCUGAGCUGCUUAAUCAUCCUAGUGGGGCUCGUGUGGGAGUGGCUAAGGUAGUGAUAGUGCUUACAGAUGGAGGACAGUCAAACGCGCCGUAUGCUAUGGAUAUUCAAAAGGCAGUAGCCCCUCUUCUAUCUGCUGGUAUCCGGAUUUUUGCCGUGGGGAUUGGAAAGGAUGUAGAUGACAGACAGUUACGGCUGAUGGUUGAUAACAAAGACGAUGCCAUUAUGGUUCCAUCGUUUGAUGGACUCUCCGUACGCGCGCGUCAACUAUCGAUAGCCGCUUGUGAAAGUUCAGGUAAGCAUGUCACAUUAGUCUCCUUCCCAGCCGCUCGGUUGGAGUCGCGCAAUGCUCCCCGUCCCCGCGUGAGGGCGGGGAACAUUGCGUGACUCCGUCCCGAACGGCUGCGAAGGAGAGUGGUCACAUAUGUACCAAGAACUCCUUACUUCGUGUUAGCGUGUAAGUUCGACUAUUUCACCAAACCUAAAUCGAAUCUUGGAUUAGGUUAUAUUCUACUGUACUGCUUGCAGUCGUUCUUAGAGAAGACGAGAGACAGUCUCAACGGUUCUGUUACUUCUUAAAUGCGCGUAAAUUUUAGUUUCGUAAAAUAACCAUCCCUGGCUUUUAUUGUGAUAUUCGCAUCACAUAAUAGUACGAAUAGGCAUAUAUUUCCGAUACAUUCUCGCAUUUCCUGGUAUGACCGAAGCUGCUGAUGUUCUUACAAGCAUAGUCAUUGUUCUCCCACUACACUGUAUAUCAGUCACUUUUUCAAAACAUAUCCUUAUUAAUUAUCAGUAACAGGCCUAACGUUGCCAAAUCUUCUCUCUCGAAACAAUAAUCACCUUAACCAAAGAGAUCUCAUUCGAAUAUCUGUUAUCAACUUCUGCCCACAGAAAUCGACCCCUGUGAUAACACAAUGGACGUGGCGUUCCUGUUAGACUCUUCUGGUAGCUUGACACCAACACAGUUCCAACAGAGCAAAGAUUUCAUCGAUCUUUUGGCAGCUUCGUUUCUGAAAAGCAAAGUCGGAAGUCGAGUAGGUCUUAUUCAGUUCAGCAUUGUCCCCAAGAUCAAAGUGUGGUUUUCGGACCAAUUGACCCAUGAACGGUUUCAAAGUGUACUGCGAAAAGUCCGAUAUAAAGGAGGGUACACGCGGUUGGAUCGUGCUCUAAUGCUGGCAGAUGAAAAACUCUUUACAGGUAAGGAAGGCGUUCGAAAGCACAUUCCAAAGAUCAUGAUUGUACUAUCAGACGGCGUUAACACAGACACCCCCGACGCAGUCGCAUUUGACGCCGCAGUCGCACCGCUUCAUCGUGCUGGGGUGCGUGUGUUCGUGGUUGCAACUGGAAACGAAGAAGGCAGGAACAAUCUUUACUUGCUCACUCAGCGAAAAAAGGACCUGUAUCGCACAGAGACGUACGAUGAUCUGGCUCUUCAGCUGCGUAAAAUAUCAAGGGACACCUGCGAAAGUGGAGGUAAUCAGAGAUGCGUGACUUUUGUACAAAGCAAAACAGGGGGAAAUUUUUAACAAUUCGGCCAGUAAGAGUGAGGAGGGGUGUUUGAAGAAUAAACUUGGAUAGUCAUUUAUUUGUUUAUUUUUAAUUUAUUAUUGUUGUUGCUGCUGUUGAAAACAAAAAACACAGAGCAGCGAGAUUUGAAGCCAGUAUAUUUUUGCUGAGUCUUUCCUUUAGCAGUGAACGAUACGUUAUCCUAAAAAAACCAAGUCCAAAACCAAAAGAACCGGUAACUUUUAAGCGAUUCCUUUCUCCGUUCGGGAAAGUGCUUCUUAGCGUCAAGUAGAAAUGUGAUUCUAUGGAAUUUGGUGCGACAUAUUAUCGUCUUUUCUAUUAAAUGUUUGGUUGAGGUUAUUGAUAUAAGCGAGUUUAAGUUAUUUGUGAGAGUAUGGGGCUAUUUUCUCGCAGUCAUCUUACAGUUAACUCAUUAACUGGUUAGAGGUUUUGUAUUUUUCACAGCGGCGAAUCCAGACCUUCAGAUAAGGGGGGGCGGUCAUCCAGACCCUGAGAUAAGGGGGGGCGGUUUGCAAAAACAUUUUUUCGGCCCUUCGGGCUUCAUUUUGGUCGAAAAAUAACGGGGGCGCCCCCCCCCCGGGCCCCUCCCCUGGAUCUGCCACUGUAUUAUUGUUAUCAUUUGGUAUUCUUACUGUAUUCAGUCUAAUCUUUUCUGUUUAAUUAGCUCUUCCCAGAUGUGAGCAAGUUAUGGAUGUAAGUUUCAUAAUUGACUCAUCCGAAAGUGUUGGAUUGAAAAACUACCAGAAGUUGCUUGACCUCGUUCGCAACAUUGCAAAAUCGUUAGAGAUUUCACCGACAGGAAGCCACGCAAGUGUGGUCAUCUUCAGCGACACCGCGAGAGUGCAAAUAAAGCUGGACGACCACGAAGAAAUCCUGAAAUUUAAUAAAGCGCUUCGAGACGUCCCGUAUCUGGGCCGAAAGACGCGGAUUGACAAGGCCCUGAGGGUUGCAACAGUCGGCGUGUUUAACAGCAGAUCUGGUAUGAGAGCGGGCGUUCGCAGAGUUGCUGUGAUAUUGACGGAAGGUCACCAAACUAGAACGUUCGAUUCUAUUCCGCUCAGGUACGCGGUUGAGCCAUUAAGACGGAAGCGUGUAAAAGUGUUUGCCGUUGGUGUUGGCAACGAUGUGCGUUACGAUGAACUGAGGUCGCUCACAGACAGUGAUCAAAAUGUGCUAAUGGUGAAAACAUUCCAAGGACUCUUCAGCGUCGCAGAAGAGCUGAGUAACAAGAUGUGUCGAGGUAUGCCUCUUACAGGGUAGUCAAUAAUCUGAAUAGACGUUAGAUGCCCAAAGUCCAAUGAGAACUACCACUAUCUUGGUCUUCCCAGCUCUAGUUAACAGAAAAAAGCUUCGAGCACCAAGGUGCAUGGGUACACGUGAAGAAAUUUUGGUGGGGAUGUGCAAAUUUUCCAUAGCCUGUACUCUUAUUGACCAUAGAAGUGCCAAUUACAAAUUUUGAGUUCACUUCGUCCGUUCCCAAAGGUGGUGACAAAGGUGGUUCAAAAUUUCUAAAACUGCAGUAAAGAUUCCAGCUUUUAUCACAACAGGCACCUUUCGGAUAGCAGCUAGAGAAAAGUAUAACACUGACAGUUUUCUCUUUCUCGCGAAAAAGGAAACACAAAAAAGAGAAAACAAAUUGCGCCACCAUCACGUCAUUUCCAUGGUCUGUACUCUUAAUGAGCAACAAAUCCCUCAGACAUUCGUAAAAGUUUAAUUUUGUCUAACUAUUUCUCACCUGAACCGUUGUUCUCAAGAGACAAGUCAGCAAAAAAAGCAAUUCCAGACCGCCGUUCAAGAGAGCAAAAAGCUGGAGAUUUGUCCCGGAAAAAAUUCCGGACGAAUCCGUUUUUGAGCGACGCAUGUUAACGGGAAAUGAACGUUUUGCAUUCUUGGGCGCGUCAAAACUGUCAAUGUUAUUGUAAAAACAACGCGACAAUUUUUUCAAUCGUCUAUGCUCUUAUCGACCAUAUAAAUGAUUUCUUAAAGUUUAAAACUUUGUAGUGAAAACAUUCGCCUGCGGCUUAUGUUUCCUUUUAAGCACUCAACAUUUCUACGUCAUUUCUAUUAUCUUGUCUAUAAGAGUAUAGACCAUUAAUUUGCGUUGUCGAUUUGUUAAAUAUUUUUCCUCAACAGAAGCAAGCACUUUCAUAUUGUGGGCCCCGUAUCAAUUCUUUAAAGGAGGCUAACAAGCCUAAAUGGUUUUCUGUUUAUAGUUGGAGACUGGGUUGUUAAAGUUUGCGUUAAUGUUUUACAUUUUGCAGCGUAACAGUUGUAUGUGCUCACUAUGUUUUCUUUUCCUUUCAGGAUAAAAGACGAGCUGUGGUGCCAAAAUAUUUAUAAUACGAAAACAAGAAUACAAACGAGCACUGUAGCAUAAACUUAAAAUAACUAGAGCUUUGCAACAAACGAAGAUACCACAGUGGAAACGCAUAACGCGUAUACACAUUUAAGAUGGGAAUUAUACCAAGACGACAAGACUCAAGCGAACUCACGUUGGAAAGCUUAAACAUUGCCAUUUUAAAAAGUAAAAUAAAUUGUUUUUAAAGAGUUUAUAAAGUAAGCCACACAGGACCAACUAGAAAAAGCGCCUCUUAGAAGGUAAAUUAUAUUUGUAAGCUUUUUUGUUUUGCGAUGUAAGCUUGAACCCGAGGUAUUGUUAACAGUUAUCCGAGUAAACUAAUUUUACAUGUUGAUAAAUCAAUGUUGUAGUCGCUUACCAGAAGUUAAAUACAAUGGAAAAUUAUGAAUUAUGAAAAUAGCACAACUCACUAGGUAAGAUUAACACUGCAGCUACCUGUGGAGUGUUUGGGUCUUAUUUUAUUUGAUUUUAUUCUUAUAGGAUAAGAUGUAACUGCCUGAAUGAAUUUACGGAGAAAGACAAUAUUUUAAUUAAGCUGGGGAGUGGAAAAGGGCGGGGAAGCUCCGCCACCCCUUCCUCUCCCCAGACUACCGCUCGGCUCGCUUCUCUCGCCGAUUUUUUUCUUCUAUUUCCCCCAAUGCGGAGCCUGGUCUCAGGCUGGUUUUUUACCAAAGCUGGUCUUUUACGAGAGGUUCCAGCCAUAGGGCUUUGACUUGAAUAAGAAGUCGUUUAUUAUUUACUCUUACAAUGAACGUCUUAUAACAAUGGUAUCUCAGUUUGCGUUUUUCUAUUUAAAUGAGAUUCUGCAGCAAGAGGAAGCAGUCAGCGAGGUCGAGUGGUUAAAGUCAAAGGCCCUGAGUUGAGGUCCUCGCCUACCGAUAUGCUUGUAACUUAAUCAACUGGUUCGCUUCCUACCAUUGGGAUUCUAAAAGAUGUUAUGUGUCAUGUUUCGUUUCAUUUACAGUAAAAGCCCAAUAUUUUGAACCGCCAGAGCGGCUCGCCGGUUUUUUCAAAGUUCCCGAUAAUCAUACACUGUACAAUGGAAAGCCGUUUAACCGCGUCACCAAAGGAAGGCGAAUAGACCAUUUCUGAGUUACCCCAAGCCACCAUUUUAACUAUCUAAGUCCCAACAGUGACCAACAACAAUUUUCUCCUAACGAUGUCCAUACAUUGUCAAGAGAUAAAGUUACGAGAAUUAAUAAAAUGAUCACCAAAGAGAAAAUGCCUUGAUCCUUUAUCAAAAUCUCUCAACGAAUUCUUUAAAAAAAUGUAGGGAGAUCAGUUUGGAGAAUUUGCGUGUGGAUAUUGGGGAUUAAAGGGUUAAAGCGAGGCUGACUUCGACGCCAUUGAUAUGGAAAUGAUUUUUCGUUUUCACGCAAAUGUAACUCAUUAUCACAAGAAAGGUUUUGCACAUGGUCUCGUUUUGAAAAUGAGGGUUUUUCGAACUCGGAAGUGGCCUAUUGGCUCGAAUUUUCGGAAGGUUUGAAAAAUGACUAGAGUUUGACAGGUGAAUGGAAGUCUGCGACGCUAAAGGGUGUGGUUUUGGAGCCCUUUAAGCUACAGUAAAACCGGGGCAACAAAAAACAACUUGUUUUGCAACUUUAGUUCAAAACGAGUUGAAUAGCAGUGUUGCACGUUUUACCCCCGACGUCCGAAACCUGUCUUGUAACAAAUAAGGUUCCAUUUUUUUUUUCUUGGGAGUGGUGAAACGCCCAAGAUCGCUAUUUAACUCGUUUGGCUGCUAAGAAGCAAAAUUAAAACAAGUCGCUUUUUUGUUGCUCGUUUUACCUACCUUCAGGCUUAAACUGGGAGCCUUUCAACUUUGAAAGGGGAUAUGGAUUUGUGUUAUCAAGAACAUGGGUCAUGGAUUAGGCUCAUUUCAUUAUUCGCCUCUUGUAAAAUUCAGUUCUCAUUAGGUCAGAACUGAGUUGGGAUAAAUUGCAAUUUUUGCUCGUGAAAAUUUUUUAUCACACACCCCACUCUUGUUUUCUCAGAAUGCCCCACCCUUGGUCCCAUCGAAUAAGAACAAUAACAGCAUGUUGGUUUUAAAACAUGAUAGGCUUCAAUAACUCUAAAUACCUUCUUCUUGAACCGUCUGACCUUUGAUAAUUCCCAAAGUGAUGAUAUGUUAUUAUCUUCAUGGUAUCAUGAACGAAGAGCUCUGAUAGAAAACGCGUAGGGGUGAAAAAGGCGUAAAAUUUGAAGGUUUGUAUGGGAACUGUGAUAGCUGUAGUUUUAUAUGAGCGCAGUAAUCUGAAUAUUCGAGGGUAUCGCUAAUGAUAAGCCACAAAAGCUAUCCCUCUCUUCCUUUGGUUGUUUGAUCCUUAGUGUAUUCGGGGGAGGGGUGGUUCGCUUUCCUCCACUUUACUCUGACCGAGGGUGUAGCCGGCCAAUAAGAAGUAUGCAGAGACGAAAACGAGUAGACAAUGCCUUACCUACCCUCUGUUUCUGUUAAAUUUCGCUUGUGUUUAAUAAUUUUUGCUUCUUUAGAACCUCGUCAGCCUCUAUGCUUGUCUACAAACCGAGUUCAUAGGUUUCUUAAAGAAGCUCGCGGGCCGGGCAGAGUUUGAAAAAUUUUGUGAAAAAUUUAAUCCUGACUGUGUCAAUGUCUUUGAUUCUUAUGACCUCCCUGGUUGAUUACGCAUUGACACCAGGACAAAAAACAUGGCUUUAUUCACCAUUGGAGAUUUAAUUAUAUUGGGUUAUAAAGAGGCACGAGCAUGCGAUGCCCUCUCCACCAGGGAGUCUAAAUUGUGCAAUAAACACAACAACAAAAAAUUGUUAUUAGUAACUCUCUUUUAAAAAAAGUGGGCGUACAUUUUAGGCAAUGAAACAACUAUACAGUAUAUGUUUUCUGUGCGUGGUUAUAUGUUUCUAAAGGUGCAGUGGCCCGAGGGCAUAGAAUAAUCUUUUUACGGGAGGAACACAUUUCAACGCCCGCGUUUGAAAUAUAUCUCGGUCAAGUAACUGACAUAAACAAAAUGUUUCUUUCUGAUGCUCUCAACAUUUUACAUCUUUGAUAGCAUUUUAUUCUUCCUAAGUAAAUUUCAUUCACUGAGUGGAAUUUGCAACAAAAUAUAGACUUCAAGAUGGAAUAAAAAGCACUCAGAAACACUACCUCGACACUCACAAACGCUUCCGGGAACAAAGCUUUUUGCAACUCCCGAUUUGCUAAAUAUUUUCGCCUAAGACUUCGAUUUUUUUAACAAGUAUCUCCGCGUCCCAGUUUUACUCUCCUCGCGCCUGCUUACGCGCUACGUUUUAGCCGUUAGUUCCGUAACCUAAGCUGGGGAUUACAAAAACAAAUUCUGACAUUUUUCUAGAAAUAUCCCUCAUCCAUUGCGACGUUUUUCGAAACCUCCUAAACCUUCCAAAGCCCUAGGAGUCUUCGGAAGCUUCAAACAAAUAAACAGGAAACAGAUAAUGCUUAUCCCACUUAUUCCGAAGAUAAUCGAAACACUACUAGUUCCGCGGGUCAGUUUUCUGGACUUUUCGGAAGCCAUAAAACAAUUUCAACACUUCAAACUACUCGCCAAUGAUCUCAACAGCUCCUUCCGAUUUCUCCCGAAAAAAAAGAGGGAUUAUUCUUUCCGACGAUUAAUUUUAGGUUUCUUCAAGUUUGUUACAUUUGUUAGGCGGCUUUCUUAUAGUAAAUUCAAUUAUCACCGGAUAUUUGACCGUUCCUUGUCAACCUUAAACACAACAAAUGAACUUAUAUUAAUCAGUUGUAACGGUCCAGUCUCAAAAGAUCGAGAGAAGUUGGUAUGUUUUUAUAAUUCUAAAAUAAGCAACGCUCAGCUCGUUUUGCAUGAGAAAUGACAUAAUUUAUGUGUUUGAAAAAAUACAGAAAAUCCACUUAACGCAGAAAGCGUUGCUUGACUUGGCUUGAUCUUGUUUUAUAUACUGCUACUCUUUUUUACUAAAAACUGAGGUAAAUCUUGCAAACUUUUUCAAACUACUCAAGAAGCGCGGAAAGAAAAACAGAUUUCAGACGGUUUUUGUGUCUUAGUUCCCAUGCGCUCCCAAGUAUUCGUUUGCCUUAAAGAUCCUUAAAAAAUAUCUCCUAAAUUAAUGAUUUAACCUCGCUCCAAGCACAAAACACCUAAAAAGAACAGGUGAUUGCGGUCGAGGUUAGGGUGUGCUUUCAGACGGUCUUGUUGCUGAAGCGAGGCGUGGCCAGUAACUUAUUGAACAAAAAUAUUUUUAAAUCCGACCACAGGCGGGAAAAAAAUUAGCACUAAGACGGAAACUAGUCGAAACUUACAAAGCCAUUUCUUACUUUUAAGGUGUUCUGUAGCCAAAAAAGGAAAUGUUCAAAAUAGUAAAAAUGUUUACUUUACGCGACAUAUACGACAUAACAAAGAUCGUAUUUUUCUCCCCAAUGUACAUCAACAAAUCAGAUUUAACCGGGUAUUUUAACCUCGAGUGGUUUUAACUUUGUAACGUGACUAAAUCAAGGACUGCAAACACGAGAGCCGAGAGCUUUCCUUCGUGUGAACUAAACAAAUAAAAUAAUUGCGUCCUGUUUUCCAGUCGUGCGUGACAUCGCAUCAGUAAGCCAAUCUAGUGCUGUGAAAACACCCCACGCGGAAGUCAUUUGUUUUCGUCAUUGACCAACCUAUCGAAUCCUAUUUCUGUAUUCCAUGAAUGCAGAGAGCCCCACCAUUCUGCCCACAUUAUGAACUCGUGGAGGUUACCCAUUGGAAUUUCAAUUAAAGUGGGAUAGUAUAAAUUGAAGAGUAAUCAAGUUCACUCCAGCAAAUGAGCAUUGCACUGCAGAGGGGAGUAAUGCAUAUCAGCCAAUCACCGGCAAACAAAAUGACGAUUUUAAAUGGUUUUGCGCUAUGUCUCGUUACGUUCUUCGCAGUUGUACAUUCGGAAGACUUUUAUAGAGGUAAGUCAAACAGUGCUUGUUUUUUGUGAAAUGAUAGAACGUAAGAACAAAAAGAAAACAGAUAACUCUCUAAACUUUUGAUAAUAAUAAACUACAUGUAUAGUAAUUAAAACUGCAAAGUACGAGAUCCUAACUUUACAAUCACUAAAUAAGCCCAUUUAUGUCGAUCAUACCCUAAGUUUUUUUUAGCCCUCAAUCUAAUUCUUUAUGCAACGUAUGCAAUAUCUUAUUCGGAAACUGUUAUUUGCUGAGUUAAAAUGUUAGUGAAUUAUAUUUAGUAAGGCUCAUAACGGAAUAAAUUUGAAGCAGUCCGCCUAUAGAUUUUAUUUUUCAGAAGACAGUUAUUGGUAGCUGGAUAUGGAUUUUAUUAAGAUGUGAAUUAUAUCUUAAUGCUCUUCUUUUGAGUCACUUCACCUCAUUAAAUCAACCUUACCCUCACUGAAAUUUCCUUUCGCAUCAGUUUAUGAAAUAAGAAUUUUUAUUAAUAGUGAGGUUCGUGAGAAAACCAUGAUACGAAAGACGAUGAAUUAAUUAAAUUUCAAUAAAGGGAUUAACUCAAUAGUAGAAAAGAAAGAAUGAAGACAAUGACGAUCAAUCGAAAGAUAAUUUAACAAUUUGCACAGCACGGACAAUUCACGCUCAUAGUUCAUUGUUGUUUUGGUAUUUUUUUAAAAAAAACGUCACAGCUUUUUGCUGAUAUUUUUCCAUGAAUUAUGGUCUUGUUGUGAUCAACAGAGAAAAAACCCUCCGCAAGGAGACAACACGAAUUUUUCUAAUUUAUUCGAGAAACUGAAAGUGACAAAACAUAGUCUUUUAACUUUUGCAAAUUAAGGAGAGUAGAAAUGUUUAUUUGGUUUUGUAGUUUUUGUGCUCUGUUCGUAAAGUUAAAGGUGAAACACAUGCCGAUUUAAUCCGCUCUUGAAUGACGCCUUGUCUCAAGUUCUUCGAUCCAAUACGGGACUUUCCUGAAAUCCAACUGUGGAAAAGAUGAUAAACCUUCCACUUUGCCUCAUUGUCACUUAACAAGACAUUGCUAAAUGAUCAUGAUAUCAGAACAAUUAACCUUAGACUCGUUGAUACGGUGUAUCAAUUGACUAUAAGUUUCCCCGAAAGGCUGAUUAACUAUCUUUUCCAUACCUUGAGGCUAAAUUUGGGUACUUUGCCAGUUUCAGUAUUUCAGCUUGACAAAAGCAACUGACAAACCUUGUCGGGUUUAAAUCUCAGGCUUAUGAUGGGUUCUCUGAACAAAUAGAGCUGUUUUAGAAAGCCAGUCAUAAAGAACUAAAACGCGACUCAGAAUCUAAUGAAGCAAGGAAAUAGAUCGGUGCAUGCGUGUUGAGCACAGUAAACAAAAUCACUGUCAUCAUGGUCAUAUAAUAAUGAAUACAAAACUAUUUUUGUGCACCAGCUUGACAAAAGCUUGACAAAAGCAACUGACAAACCUUGUCGGGUUUAAAUCUCAGGCUUAUGAUGGGUUCUCUGAACAAAUAGAGCUGUUUUAGAAAGCCAGUCAUAAAGAACUAAAACGCGACUCAGAAUCUAAUGAAGCAAGGAAAUAGAUCGGUGCAUGCGUGUUGAGCACAGUAAACAAAAUCACUGUCAUCAUGGUCAUAUAAUAAUGAAUACAAAACUAUUUUUGUGCACCAGCUUGACAAAAGCUUGACAAAAGCAACUGACAAACCUUGUCGGGUUUAAAUCUCAGGCUUAUGAUGGGUUCUCUGAACAAAUAGAGCUGUUUUAGAAAGCCAGUCAUAAAGAACUAAAACGCGACUCAGAAUCUAAUGAAGCAAGGAAAUAGAUCGGUGCAUGCGUGUUGAGCACAGUAAACAAAAUCACUGUCAUCAUGGUCAUACAAUAAUGAAUACAAAACUAUUUUUGUGCACCAAAACGCGGCCUAGAAAAUUCAGUGAAUACGUCAGGGGCUUUGAAAAAUUGCUACGGUCCCAUCUAAGACUUAACAGUUUUUGGAGUUUGCGGCUCACUAGUAAUUUUAAUUAACGGAUGUGUGAAUGUUCACGCCUAAAAAAUGAACAGAAAUACUUUUGUGCUGAUAAAGACAGGAAAUCGACAAAAUGUUAAACUUUAACACUUGGAUGAACUUUCUGAAAUUGAGUGUCUGUAAUCUGGACCCUCCCGAGUCUAGAAUACCUGAGCUUCCCUUAGUCAUUCAAUACAUUCAUUGAAAGUUUUGCUAAGUUGAAUUUCUAACAUGACCUUCCUGUCGCACAUUUGUAGAUCUUUGAAAUUUGCCACUGUUUUUUUUAUUAACUUUGUUCGCAAUAGGCGUGUAUAUGAAAACUCUGGCCUUUGAAAAAGUACGUUGUCUUUGGUUGGCAACAUUCCCCUGCGGACAUGUAUUAUUAUAUUAAAUUGACACGAAAUGUAAGCACAAUUAUCAAAGGGAAAUUUGCACUCUUUUUUGUCUGAGUAUUGAAAUUUGCGUGAUAAGGAGGGUAUAUUAGUGCCUAUGGAAAAUUACAGCUAUUGUUUUAAAAGAAUUUUUGCGCCUCGCCGAAUCACUUGUUAAGCAAGUGACAAGUCGAUCUAGCAAAAUCACGCUGUUACUUCAGACUCCAGCUUUCUUCUUUCCACGUGUUUGGAUUUUUUCCGUUUUCCCUGCCAAACUCAAUAUUAUGGUUGCAGUUAAAUAGUUGCGCUGGGUUGUAAAUUCAAGCCUGCCAUUUUCUAUUUACCGUAAUUAUACGCCUUGGAGGCACUAUUCACGGAGACAUCCAACGCGAGAGUCAGAAAGAGUUAAAGUAUUGAAACUAGAGUCGAAAAUGAACAAAUUGCAACCAGCCAGCGAGGUCUGAGGUCUCUUUUGGAGAAAAGCGGUGUUCAUUUGGCUAUAUUUCUUACUGAAAAUUUCUGGUUGAUUGCACACUUUUCCGAACAAGUCAGAAAAAUUUUUUCAUAAACUGAAUUAAGACCAAGUCAUUACACAUGAUGUUCUAUACUAUUCAACCAUAGCCUGCGUGGUAGGCGUUUCAAAGGGAAGGAAAAAGGGGGAAAGGGGGUGCGGGAAGGAACCUUCCUCGCGUGCCUUGAGUCCUCAUGCCCUGAUUUCCCUCCUCGGCUUCAAACCCCUACCACGCAGGCUAUAACAUUCUGUUGAUAAAUUAUUUAUGGUUAUUUAUUUAUAUUCAGAACUAGUUUUUUUACUUUUAACAUAUCUAAGUCCAAAAAACGUAAUUAAAUAGAGGCAAAACCUCAGAGACAAACCAAUGAGAUAGCCGGAAUUUAUAUGGACCAAAAUCACUGAGUACAAGAACAUAAAGAAAAAUCAAAUAAUACAGGAUAUCUGCCUACUUUUUCAUUUGAUUUUUCUCUCUCAAUCAUCUUGCCGUAAAGAUCAGUUUAAUUUUUCUCUCUUCUUAACCUCUGUCAGAGAUGGCCUUUAUCUAAUCUUAGGUUACUGAUUUGUAUAAAUGUAAUUCUUUAUUUCGAUUUGUUUCUAUUUUCCUCAGAACAAUGUUCCCAGAUAUCAGACGUGGUCUUCGUUGUGGACUCCUCGGGAAGCAUUGGAAGGAGAAAUUUCAAAAGAGAAUUGCAAUUUGUCAAACAAGUGGCGUCCACGUUCAAGAUGGGGCCCAAACAAUCACAGAUUGCUGUAAUCUCAUACAGUGACGACGCGAAAGUGGAUAUCAGAUUUGGCGAAUACUCCACCGUAAACGACUUUAACGCUGCCGUGGACAGAGUAAGACAUCAGCGACAACGAACUCGCAUUGACAAAGCUCUCCAUCUCGCAAACACCCAGGUGUUUACACAAGUCGGAGGUGCAAGGUCUGGUAUUGCUAAAGUUAUGGUUAUAUUAACAGACGGCAAACAGACUGUGACGUCAGAUUCUAAAACGCUAGACGUGGCAGUGCGUCCUUUGCAACAAAAAAACGUUACUGUUUUUGCUGUUGGUGUUGGCAAAGCUAUUGACAUUACCGAGCUGUUGCUAUUGGUUGGAGGCAAUGGGGAUAAUUUAUUCAGAGCAGAGAAUUUCGAUGAAUUAACCAAACACAGUCUACAGCUGGCUGCUCAGACGUGUAAGAGAAUCAAGCCUCCUGCCGGUAAGAAAAAUUGAAGAAAACCUUUUUCUGGUUUUGUUAUACAGUGGAACCUCUAUUCAGGGGACACCCUCGGGACCUAGGCAAGUGUCCCCUGAAUAGAGGUAUCCAAUGAAUGGAGGUUGGGUUGGGGUUUAUUAAUUAUACAUUGCGUUAGUUGCGACGUAAUCAGUUAAAGCUUUCAAUUUCAUUAUAACCAACGACUGACGGAUUCCAUUCACAUUUAGACCGGUUUUCUGAUGAAGUUUUGCUCAGUUUUAUGAAAACUUAUACAGUGGUAAAGUUCACGUUAAACAUAAUUAAGUUUUUAAUAUUUUACAAAAUUCGUUGUCAGUAUUUUUUUUUCCUGAUUUCAGUAAAAAAGUAUUUUUUGUUCUUCCCGUUCAACUUUUUUAAUACUUUGACUUAAAAACGCGUCCUAUACCUAAUUUUUGUUUAUAUUCCCCCUUCCUUUUCUGUGUAGUUCACGGCAAUUGGUCUGAAUGGGCAGAUUGGGGUGCCUGUUCGCAAUCCUGUGGCACAGGCGUUCAAGGUCGCCGCCGAACCUGUACGAAUCCAACUCCCCGCUAUGGCGGACGGGAUUGUGUUGGUGUUGCGACUGAGAUUCAAAACUGUAACUUGAGAGGUUGUCCAGGUAACGACUUUUCCAGCUUUGUAUGCUUAUAAUAAAAACAUGCACAUAUGGUUAUUUUAAAAAACACAGUUCAGCAAAAGAAAUUUCUCUCUGGAAUUCAGUAAAUCUUCCAAGUGCAGAUUUUUUCAAUUUAUCCUCUCUUGUUAAAACCUUAUCUCGACGUUAACUUAAUUUUUUGUAUUGGGUUUUAUUGUCGCUCUUUAUAAAAAUAAAAUAAAAUGGAUUUUUUUCUGGUGUUCUGCAGUCUAGUUUCUAAGUUAUAGAGGUCUCAUGAACGUUAGAACGUUAUAAAAACGUUUCUUCGCUUGCACAAAAAUUGAGCGAAGUAUCUAUCUUCCAAAUGCAGGAGAUGGACCUGUUGGAAAGAAAACAUCAAGCCGUGGUCUAUUUGUUAUAAGUAGGGCAAUGAAGCCAUUAAUGUAAGGUUUUAGCAGAGUUCGUUGCCUACAAAUAUUUUUCUUUAAUCCUAUCGUCUUUUGGAAGCGCAAAGAAAAUGUUAUAUAGGAAUCUGAUCUACUCAGAUUAACGAAAAUUUUUCUUACGCUUUGACAACAGCAGACAAAUUUUGUAACACGAUCUUCAAGUACAUGCAAGCUUCAUUUCAUAUUCUCUUUCUUAGUUAACGGCUCGUGGAGCGAAUGGAGUGACUGGGGUUCCUGUGGUGUGACGUGUGGUGGCGGUAACCGUAAACGCUCGAGGACCUGCACCAAUCCUUUGCCGGCCAACGGUGGAUUCGAGUGCCCUGGAGCAAGUGAGGAGACUGAAAAAUGCAACUCUAACCCUUGUCCAGGUAAUUUACCAUAGAGACCCGUUAAGGGUCACGUUCAACAGCGGAAGGGAAACGUCAAUUUGUUCCACAUGACCAUUUUUUUUCCUUUACUAGUUGUUUGCUAUUCAUUAUAUCCACAUAGAAAACAAUUAUCAUGCCCGGUUCAUCCGUAAGAAUAAUUUCGCAAAAUAUUUAUCUGUCCCAUCCCUAAUUUGAGAAUUUGUUAAUCUGUAUCCUGCUUUCACGUUUUCCGAACACGCGUUUCUUAGGGCGCUUUCCAUUUGUCUGAACUGGUCGGCCAGACGAUAGCUAGACCGGUAAAUCUCGUGCAUACUAUAUAAGAUUGACUGAUCUGACUGGAUAGUUUGGAUUAAAAGUAAAAUUCUCAUUAUUAAGAGAAGUUCCUGGCCGGUCAGUUCUAACAAAUAAAAAGCGUCCUUAAUCUCACUAUUCACAGGAGCUAUUGGCAUCUGCAUUUACCUCGCAGACGGUGUUUCCUUUCCAUGUAGUUACCAACUGUAAUUAUUUCCAUUUUUACCACAGUUGAUGGAGAGUGGGGUGACUGGGUAGAAUGGAGCGUCUGCUCUACCUCCUGUGGACUGGGCACUCAGAGAAGAUUCCGGUCCUGUAACAAACCACGCCCAGCCUUCGGAGGACGUGAGUGCACUGGCCCGAAAGAUGAAACACGCAACUGCAGCCAAGGUCCCUGUCCAGGUAGAUAUUACAUUGCAUACCGAAUACGAUUAAGAUAGUUGAAAAUUAUGGGAUGUGAUUGAGAAUAUUGUGAUGAACAUUAAAAUUAAGGCAACGAAUUUUUUUACUUACAGUUGAUGGUCAUUGGGGUGCUUGGGAAGAGUGGGAUUUCUGCACCGAAUCCUGUGGUGGCGGAGUUCAAAGGCGAGUAAGGACAUGCAACAAUCCACCCCCCGCUAAUGGCGGCCAAGACUGUCGAGGAACACAGAAGCAGACACAACGCUGCAAUAUACAGGCCUUUUUUUAACCCACAUAAGAGCUUUCCCGGCCGCCAGCUAAAUGCCGCGUCACGCGAAAGCUUGGAAAUUCAAGCGUCCUCUCUCGCAAAACGAAGAACCCUUUCGAACCAAAAAUUGGUUCGUGUAAAGGCGUUUAGGUACUGUAAUACCUCGUGAAAGUAGAAACUCAGAAGAAUCGAUAGUUUCUUAGUUUGAUUUUUGGUGACGUCACGUGCUUUUACGCCACAUAAUUAAGUUUUUAAUAUUUUACAAAAUUCGUUGUCAGUAUUUUUUUUUCCUAAUUUCAGUAAAAAAGUAUUUUUUGUUCUUCCCGUUCAACUUUUUUAAUACUUUGACUUAAAAACGCGUCUUAUACCUAAUUUUUGUUUAUAUUCCCCCUUCCUUUUCUGUGUAGUUCACGGCAACUGGUCUGAAUGGGCAGAUUGGGGUGCCUGUUCGCAGUCAUGUGGCACAGGCGUUCAAGGUCGCCGCCGAACUUGUACGAAUCCAACUCCCCGCUAUGGUGGACGGGAUUGUGUUGGUGUUGCGACUGAGAUUCAAAACUGUAACUAUAGAGGUUGUCCAGGUAACGACUUUUCUAGUUUUGUAUGCUUAUAAUAAAAACAUGCACAUAUGGUUAUUUUAAAAAACACAGUUCAGCGAAAGAAAUUUAUCUCUCUUGAAUUCAGUAAAUCUUCCAAGUGCAGAUUUUUCCAAUUUAUCCUCUCUUGUUAAAACCUUAUCUCGACGUUAACUUAAUUUUUUGUAUUGGGCUUUUUUGUCGCUCUUUAUGAAAAUAAAAUAAAGUGCAUUUUUUUCUGGUGUUCUGCAGUCUAGUUUCUAAGUUAUGGAGGUCUCAUGAACGUUAGAACGUUAUAAAAACGUUUCUUCGCUUGCACAAAAAUUGAGCGAAGUGUCUAUCUUCCAAAUGCAGGAGAUAGACCUGUUGGAAAGAAAACAUCAGAGCCGUGGUCUAGUUGUUAUAAGUAGGGCAGUGAAGCCAUUAAUGUAAGUUUUAGCAGAGUUCGUUGCCUACAAAUAUUUUUCUUUAAUCCUAUCGUCUUUUGGAGGCGCAAAGAAAAUGUUAUGUAGGAAUCUGAUCUACUCAGAUUAACGAAAAUUUUUCUUACGCUUUGACAACAGCAGGCAAAAUAUUGUAACACGAUCUUCAAGUACAUGCAAGCUUCAUUUCAUAUUCUCUUUCUUAGUUAACGGCUCGUGGAGCGAAUGGAGUGACUGGGGUUCCUGUAGUGUGACGUGUGGUGGCGGUAACUUUAAACGCUCAAGAACCUGCACCAAUCCUUCGCCGGCCAACGGUGGAUUCGAGUGCCCUGGAGCAAGCGAGGAGACUGAAAAAUGCAACUCUAACCCUUGUCCAGGUAUUUACCUUAGAGACCCGUUAAGGGUCACGUUCAACAGCGGAAGAAAAACGUCAAUUUGUUCCCGUGACCAUUUUUUUCCUUUACUAAUUGUUUGCCAUUCAUUACAUCUACAUAGAAAACAAUUAUCAUGCCCGGUUCAUCCGUAAGAAUAAUUUUGCAAAAUACUUAUCUGUCCCAUCCCUAAUUUGAGAAUUUGUUAAUCUGUAUCCUGCUUUUACGUUUUCCGAACACGCGUUUCUUAGGGCGCUUUCCAUUUGUCUGAACUGGUAUGCCAGACCAUAGCCAGACCGGUCAUUUUCGUGCAUACUAUAUAGGAUUGACUGAUCUGACUGGAUAGUUUGGAUUAAAAGUAAAAUUUUCAUUAGGACGAGAAGUUCCUGACCGGUCAGUUCUAACAAAUAGAAAGCGCCCUUAAUGUCACUAUUCACAGGAGCUAUUGGCAUCUGCAUUUACCUCGCUGACGGUGUUUUCUUUCCAUGUAGUUACCAACUGUAAUUAUUUCCAUUUUUACCACAGUUGAUGGAGAGUGGGGUGCCUGGGUAGAAUGGAGCGUUUGCUCUACCUCCUGUGGACUGGGCACUCAGAGAAGAUUCCGGUCCUGUAACAAACCACGCCCAGCCUUCGGAGGACGAGAGUGCACUGGCCCGAAAGAUGAAAAACGCAACUGCAGCCAAAGUCCCUGUCCAGGUAGACAUUACAUUGCAUACCGAAUACGAUUAAGAUAGUUGAAAAUUAUUGGAUGUGAUUGAGAAUAUUGUGAUGAAAAUUAAAAUUAAGGCAACGAAUAUUUUUACUUACAGUUGAUGGUCAUUGGGGUGCUUGGGAAGAGUGGGGUUUCUGCACCGAAUCCUGUGGUGGCGGAGUUCAAAGGCGAGUAAGGACAUGCAACAAUCCACCCCCCGCUAAUGGCGGCCAAGACUGUCGAGGAACACAGAAGCAGACACAACGCUGCAAUAUACAGGCCUGUCCAAGUAGGUUAUUAAGACAUUCGUCAAUACUACUGGUCAAUCAUAUUUUUCGUACUUUAAUACAACUGGUAUAUCAGAAAUAGUUUAAAAUGCAUAACCGUCUAAGCCAGCUACUUUUUCAUAUUGCAGUUGACGGUCAAUGGAGUAAGUGGAUAGACUGGUCUGCCUGUUCCAGGACUUGCGGCAUUGGACAGAAAAGACGUUCACGAACUUGUACCAAUCCACCACCAGCACACGGCGGCAAGAAAUGCGCGGGAAAAGCUGAUGAAACUAAAGAAUGCAGUAAUAGAAUUUGUCCAGGUUGGUUUCUGAACUGUCAAUGGACUGAUCGAAUACGGUGCAUUGUUGCCCGUUCUAGUUAAUAUUAGGGACCUUAAGCAAAGACGUUUUUGAGCGACGCACGUCAACCGGAAGUGAGGCCUUCUCCCUUUUUAUAUGCCUUGACGUUAACAAACUUGUAUUGCUGAGUUUCUUUUCUCUUUUAAAGACGAUUUACCCGAGAGUUUCAACCAAACCGCUCCCCAAUGAUGCAAAAAGUCCACUUCCGGUUGACGUCCGUCGCUCAAAAACGCUGUUGCUUAAGCCCCUAUUAAUAACUCUAUCUCCUCACGGAAUAACCUUUGUCCCAUCAUUAAAAAAAUUCAAGGAGAGUUCGACUGAAAUCUAUUCUUCCUCCGACGAACUCUUUGAGCAUCAUUGACACUGAAUUAAAAUUUGUAAAGGGGAGCGAUUAUUGUAGCAUUCGUUAAAAUAAAUCUUAAAUUUGAGACUUACUAAUAAAUGAUUUGUCGCUAUUAGGUUUAUUAAUUAAAAUUAUGUUUUAAUUUACCUGCAGUUGAUGGUCAGUGGAGUGACUGGAGAGACUGGGAGCCAUGUUCAACAACCUGUGGGGCUGGAAACCAGCAACGCACACGUUCGUGUACCAAACCACGCUCAGCUUUUGGCGGGAAAGAAUGUGUCGGCCCCAGGCGUGAAUCGAGAUCAUGCCAAGGAAUUCCCUGUCCAGGUAAACAAAUUUAGUUAAACUCUGUCUAAGACUUUGCCAUUAUUCUAUGACGGCUCACACAGGAAAGUUGAUAAACAUUCUAAACGAUUCUUGCAGUGGAUGGCGAGUGGAGCGAAUGGAGGGACUGGGAACCAUGUUCAAGAACGUGUGGAACUGGGACACAACAACGUGUACGGUCAUGUACCAGGCCACGCCCAGCUUUUGGCGGUAGAGACUGCGUUGGUAACAGUAGAGAAACUAAAACUUGCGAAACAAGCGCUUGUCCAGGUAAAUACAUGCUUUAGAGAGGUAGAGUGGCGCAGUUUACGCCGAUAUGGCCUCUGUUCGUAUCCCGUUGUCGACACCACAUUUUGGUCAAGUUUCUUUUUGGCUCUUUCCAUUGCUCUCCGUCCCUCACCCACCCACCCACCUCCCUACAAAAAAGAAUCCAAAUUACAAUUUACGGGAAACAUUUCAAUGGUUGAAAGUUAAAUCAUGCAAAUCCUGCCAUAUUUCACUCCAUAGAUUUCUCAAUUUGGCAUUUAUUGUUGAGAGAUUCCACUCGUUAAAUAAUUAUCUAAGAUCACCACUUCAAUCAGUUCAAACAACGAGACAUCGUAAGGUUUGUGUUGAUAGCAUUCCAUUUUGGUUUUUUUUUUUUAAUCUACAGUGGAUGGUGACUGGAGCAAUUGGAAUAAAUGGACAGCGUGUACUAAGACCUGUGGGGAGGGGACACAGAUCAGGAUUCGCACAUGUGACGAUCCCAAACCAUUGCAUGGGGGAAAGCAGUGUGAAGGUGCGGCACAAGAAGCCCGUGUUUGUAAUACAAGAAAAUGCCCAGGUAUGUUUUUAAAAAUGUUCUGAUGGUCUUAGUUUGUUAAUUAUACUGACAACAACAACAACAACAACAACUUUUAUUGACCCCUUGUACUAAAGAAAAAUUAAAUUUACAUGAAAUGAAAAUUAAAGCUAAAACCAACAAUAAUUUUGUUUGAAAAAAACCUUCCGCCAAACUUCACAUUCAAUUAAACAGAUCUUUUUGCAGAAGAGCUAAAAACAACAAUGUUAAGUGAAUUUCCUACAAAACACGCAAGUAAUAGCCCCGUCAUGUUUGUCACGCUCAGCGUUUUGCCGUCCUCCUCUUCCUGCCGUCCUGUUGCGUCAACUCACUAAUGUAGUAAACAAGAGAGGAGUCGUCACUUUCUUUUAAACAGAUCUAUUUGUAAAAGACCAGGAAACAUAAAUGUUGCGUGAAGAUCACAAAACUCGUGAAUAAUAACUGUCACGUUUGUCACGCACAAGCGUUUUGCCGUCCUCUUUUUCCUGCCGUCCUGUUGCGUAAACUCAUUACCAUAUGCUUCGCUGCCAAACUUUCAGAUCUGUUUUUUUGAGCGGAAAAUUACUCACUCACGUUUUCCAUUACUUAUAUUAUCAGUUGAUGGUCAGUGGAGUGGGUGGAAACCUUGGAGUGGGUGCACGCGAUCUUGUGGCAGUGGAAUACAGACUCGUGCUCGUACGUGCACUAAUCCGAGCCCCGCCCAUGGGGGACAAGAUUGUGUUGGUCUAGGAGACGAGACAAGACCUUGUAACAAUAAGCCUUGCCCAGGUAAAUUAUAAGAUUUCAGCAUCGGUAUUGCCUUGGCCAUCAAAUGGUAUUGCCUCAGAUACAUCAGACACUUACUCAAUUCUGGAGUUUACAAUACUAGAAAUUGCUCGGGUUUGUGUUUAAAGAUUUGCUAAUGGUUUUAGUUAGCAAAAAGACUUAGAAUUAGUGCUAUUCAGAAAUUUAAGCUAAAGAGAUACAAGAUCUUUAUAAAUGUCACCACAAACACAAAUAGUUCUCUGAGACAUGAAGUAAUUCUAACGUAUAUAAAUUCCGUUUUUCAACAUUAGUGCUCUCAAUUCAUGGCGUUUUAUCAUCAUUCGCUUCACUGCCGAACUCUCAGAUCUUUAUUCUGGAUGGAAAAUUGCUUACUUACGUUUCCCCAUUUCUUAUUUUACCAGUUGAUGGUCAGUGGACUACCUGGAAACCUUGGACUGAAUGCACGCGAUCUUGUGACAGUGGAAUUCAAACACGUGCUCGCACGUGCACUAACCCGAACCCCGCCCAUGGAGGGAAAGAUUGCGUCGGUCUAAGUGACGAGACAAGACCUUGUAACAAAAAUCCUUGCCCAGGUGAAUUACAAUUAGCAUGAGUAGUGUCUUUGACAUCAAAUCACAGUGUCUUAGAUAUAUCCGAUGGUUAUUCAAUUGCGUUUUGUAAUGUGUACUAGUCGAACUUCCACGAAAAGCUUAAAGCCGUAAGUCUAUCUAGUCUAGACCUUAAGCUGCUUGUUCACAAAACAAAAGUGAAAUUGUAAAAUUAGCUCGGAAAUAUAAUAGUCUUUGUCACGAGAAAUCUAUUUCAUAUGAUGUAAAAUUCCAAGUAUAAAACUUGGAAAUUAAUUAUUCCCUCUCUCUCUAUUUUGAUAAGUUGAUGGAAACUGGUCCGAAUGGAAAGGCUGGGGAGAAUGUUCGCUGUCGUGUGGCGGUGGAUAUCAUUCCCGUUCAAGGUCUUGCACCAACCCUUCUCCAAGGCAUGGCGGAAAGGAUUGCUCUGGAGAAAACAAUCAGACUCGUUCUUGUAACACACAAUCUUGUCCAGGUAUAAAAAUAUGCGUACCUACUUGCCUACUUCGCUGAGUUUAGUUUGAGGGUCAAAUAAAUAGUAUCAGGAGAUGAUAGUAUCUCUAGUAGAUAGAUAGUAUCUUUUUUCUAAUAUUUCUAGAACCCUUGAUUUUGAAGUUGGUCUGAACAGGAGCCUGUGGCCAUUUGAGUUUCAAAUGUCAUCUUCUUCACUGAUUUACCUUAGCUCGUUUUCGGCUUUCUAUUUUGCAUGAGUUUUCAUUUAUUUAGAACAAAGCAGAAAACGAAUACACAUGAUAGCACAUACAACAAGCAAGAUGAGAGGCAAAAAUCAUUCACAACUUUUGGAGAAGCUUAUUUUUUUUUUAUCAUAUGAACCGUUCGGCCCCACGCGCAAUUUCUUUGGAAAACCAUAUGAAAAAAAGUCCCGUUUGAAGGCCGUACACCUCAAGUGAUAGGGCCGGAAAAACGACUACGGCUCCGCUAGAAAAGAGUACUGAUCGACACUGGUCGCUCAGUCAGAAGAAUUCAAAAACACGAUAAAAAAUGCUUAUUGACUUAGUUACGUUCAGGGCUGGACCGCAAAAGACUUGGCUCACGGUCAGGAAAACACGGAGCCAAAUCUUUUCCCGUCCGGCCUUCCCAGUAAUUAAAUAAGUACAUAGCAUUGAAGCUGACCGGAAUUCUUUCUUUUCAACAGUUGAUGGACAAUGGAGCAACUGGAUCAAGUGGACGACCUGCUCAAAAACAUGCGGCAAAGGAGAACAAAUGAGAACUCGCAACUGCACAAAUCCAGCACCACGUCACGGAGGAAAACAGUGUACUGGGCAUGCACAGGAGACACAGAACUGCAAUAUCAAAUCAUGUGCAGGUAUUUAUCAUGUGUUAAAGCUUAUAUUGCAAUUGCUUUGAAGCACUGCAUUGCAGACUUUCACUCGGCACUGUAUAUAAGAUGAAAAGGCGUUUGCCUUAACAUUUAUUUCACUUUCUUCCCUUUUUUAUCUGCUUUACAUGAAGUUUUGUCUACCUUGACGUUAUUCAUUUGUUAUGAGCCAGUUCGUCAUUUACAGAGAGAAAAUGUUAGAAGUUUAUUUAACAUUUCUUUUUUACUCAACAGAUUGCUCUGA